AUGGCCGCUCCAGACAAGAAAAAACAGGAGCAACGGGAAGUGAGACGAAAUCUCUCCAAAGGCCAUCAUAGAAAACCUGUUGACCCUUAUUUAGACAUUGUCAGAAAAGUUGAACCCGUCGCCUUCUGGUUUUCUCACUCAAAUGCGGAACGAAUGGAGAAUUGUGAAUUAAUGAAGAUGUAUAUGCUAUGGCCCGUUUUCAUGCAUACUUCAAACAACACGACAACAUGUUUGCGGACUAAAGAUCCACUUAGUUUAGAGAUGUCACUUAAAGAGUUACAUUUUAUUGAGCUAUUAGAAGAUCUUGCUGAGCUCUAUAAGAAAGUAUCGGAGCAGCGGUCUUUGGUGGAGGAUGCAUUCAAAAUUGGCUGGAAAAUGGAAAAAGCAAAACUUAAAAUUAAGAAUUGUUAUGUAGGAGAUGCCAUGUUGUGGGUUGAGUCCACGGGAGAUGACAAUAUGUAUAAGAAGCUAAAAACACAAGAAAAUAUUCGCAAUCGAGCCCUCCAGACCUUCUUUACUGAGUAUGCCUUUUUCUUUAUUAAGAUGGCAGAAGACCACAGAAAGUUGUCUGAAGAGGUUACAAUGCAAGUGUGUGAAUUGUGUGAAACGGAAUCGGAACGUCAUAAGAUUCUAGGCAACGAUGAAUUUGCAAAAGAAGAUUUUUUUCAGGCAGAAGAUGAGUACACCAUGGCUAUAUAUUACAGUCCUGAAAAUCAUAUCCUGUUCAGCAAUCGAGCCCUCUGCUACAUCAGGCUGCAAAAACAUGGGAAGGCUUUGGCAGAUGGAAAGAAAGCAGUUAUACUUAGAAACACCUGGCCGAAGGGUCAUUACAGGUUUUGUGAAGCUCUGUUUGCCCUAGGAGAAAUGGAGCACGCAAUUGCAUCCAAUGAGAAAGCACAGGAAUUGUGCAGAGACUCCCAGGAGGGUAUCCGAGACUUGGUCCAACAGCACAGCAAGUUUAAAAAAUUGAAAGAGGCGGCAGAAGUCAAUGUGAAGAAAACUAAAAAGAAAUCCACCUCCGACAAAAAAAUUGACACACAGGUUGUAUCGGCUUCAGAAAGUAAAGUUAUUCAAACCACUUCAAUGGACGAAAAUGCACCAAAGGAGACCCCUAAUACAUCUAAUGCGGGAAGUGAAGAUAGCUCAGAAAGUUCCUCUGCGCCGCAACAGAAGAAAGGGAAAUCCAAAGGAAAAAACUGUGACUCAAGUGAAAAAUUCAAGGGUACCAAUACAAAAAAUGACUCCAAGGAAGCCCAGAAGAUUUUAUCUCCUACCCAUGCACAGCUGGAUCUGCCUUCAGUGUCUAAUAUGGUGAAUUCCCUUGUGCGUGAAGCAUAUGAAGCUCUCUCUGACAAGCGAUGUCACAGUGCGGAGGGAAUCCUCUCCCGGGUGCUAGAAAUAUUCAGCCAGCAUGAUAUCAAGAGCCUACGUCUUACAAAGAUGGAUCACGUUGUUCUCUUGUAUGGACAUGCAAAUGCUCUACUUGGCAUUAGGAAGAGUAUGGAAUUGGAAAGGGCGGAAAACCGCUUCAAGGAAAUUAUCCACCAGCACUCCAAAGAAAGAUUUAAUUGUUUGGCUUUCUAUGGAAUUGGCAAUGUUUAUCUUAAGCAAAACCGGUUUUCUGAUGCUUUAAUGCAAUAUGUGAAGUCUAAGACCAUGCUGACACACAAGAUGGUUCCAGGAGUGCUAACUUGGCCAACAACAUCUAUUGUCAUUGAAGAGACCAGGCCAGAAAAAUUGGAAGUUCUCUUGGAUAACUGCAUAGAGGAAUGCAGGUUUCCACCUAAACCCGAUGCUGUUUGCCGCUUCCAGCAUUGUCUGAGUUUGCCUAAAAUUCAGAUCUAUUUUACAGACCCUGAUUUCAAGGUGAAUAUAGUUAAUGUGGUUUUAUCUCUUGUUUUCCAGGGUUUUAUCCGUAUGGUGUGUUGUCAGUACUGUAUAGUCGAAUUUCAUGUCUGUUGUUGGAAGAAGCUGAAGGCCACUUUGUAUUCUGAUAAGAAUGACAAGGAUAUCCUAAGAUACUCAUGUCUGACCCCGGACUGCAGAGGCGUCAUUUCUCAUAUUGUAAUAUAUGAUUCUACAGGGGAAGUGAAGUGUGAGUUUGAAGAUAAAAUGAUAAAGAAGAAAGAGCCACAUAAACCUGCAGUAAAAAACAAAAGCACAAGUAUCAAAAAACAGAAAGCUAAGCAUGAAAAUAAAGCAGAGAGGAAGAAAGCAUUAGAGGAAGAACACGUAGAUCAGCCACAUGGUGGUAUUCGAGGGAAACGUCAAGAGAAAGUCCUUCCUGAUCCAGUUGGUCUGCUAGCUGCAGAAGGAUUCCGAAAUCGUAAUGAAGAACAUUUGAAAAGUAUUAAACCGCAGGAUGUCGUUAGCUUAUGGAACAAAUCCUACGGGAAGAUCAUAAACCAAGAAAUACCUGACUUCUUCUCGAACAGCCUGUAUGACACCCUGUGUAGCAUGAACACAAAGGAUUUCCGGUGCUUUUUAUGGUUUCUGGAGGAGAACCGGAACAUUGAGUCUGUGGACACUUUAGGAAAAGAAUUAGAUAAAUAUUUUCAAGAGAUGGAUGUACCAUGUGAUAAAGUUCCAGCUUAUUCCCUUGAAGAUUUGAGUAAUAAAGGUCUGAAGAUUAAACCUAAACAUCGGAAAAAGAAACAGAAUCAGCCGAAGCCUAUAUAUAAACUCUCUGGUGCUGUUAGUACCAGAUCUCAGGAGGAUGAUAUUUUUACAGAAGAAAAUACCUUAAGCCUUUUGGACCCCUAUGAGCCAUUUGUAAUACCUGAAUUCCUGAGGCGAGACAUAGAUGAGUUUCAGAAUAUCUACGGUCCAGAAAUAUUUGGGAACAGAUAUUCGGUGCUGGUAGAUGAUGCCAUGGACCCUGUCCGGGAAACUCUUUAUGAGUACUUUUCUCAAAUAUUGGAGGAACAUGGACCCCUCAGCUUAGAGGAUGAAAUUCUGGUCGGGGAGUACAAAAGUUUUCCAGAGGAAACGCAGAGGAUGGUAGAAGCAUCUGGUGGACUGAAGGAUUUUCUCUUGGAGUCAUAUUUGUUUACCAUGGAGGGAGACUUUGUGGCUCUAACAGGUUAUGACAUUCCAUACCUGGAACACUAUGGAGGGAGUCAGCAGCUGAACCCAACCGCCGAGGAGUUUAGACCUUUGUUCUGUAGCCCUAUACCUGAUAAUAUUGACUUAUAUUCUGACCCCGGUCAGCUCGAGCCUAAACAUUUAUAUCCCAGAACAGCUGGUACAAGACGGCCUUUAAGCCUACAUAGUGAUAUAACCUUAAAUUAUACUGAAUAUUCUGAUAUAUGUAGUAAUCUUGAUCACAGAACUUUGGGCACACCUGACAGUCCUAACUCUGACAUAGACCCGGAAUCCGAUGGUGGUGAUGAAUAUGAUACGACGGAUGGAGCUAGUGUUAUAAGUAGCAGUGACUCCGGACCUUCCUCUGUAGAUCAGAAUAUAACAAUAAGUGAAAAUGAGCCAUUAAGCCAAGAAAACCCUUAUACAGGUCAGCUGGACUCUAACAUUAAUAAGUCCUUAAACAGUGACGUUCAGCCGAGGAAUAAACGGACUGCUAUAGUAUCUGUACAGGUAAAUACAGAAAUGUCACAUUGUGAAGUAAAUACAGAUGUCUUUCAGCCCUUCGAGUCUCAGCAGGGGGAUAUUUUGCGUAUGGAAAAGGAGCAGGUAGCACUGAUAGACCAACUCAAAGAAGCAACUGAGAAAUAUGAGAACUUGAAGAGCCGCUUCCAAGAAGAGAAAGAUGGCCUAGAAGAGCAGAUAAAGAACACUGUAGAGACAAAUAAGAUUACGAAAAAAGAACUGAGUUGGUUUCAGCAGGAAUAUGAGAACGUGUCCAAGAAAUGGCAUCAAGAGAAGAAGGAAAACCAGGAGAAGAUUAAGGCUCUUAAAAAUAAUGUUAAAAUGACUAUAGACGCCAGUGACAGGUGUUCUAGAAGCAUCGAAGAGAAGAAAAAGCAGUAUGAGGCAUAUAUAAAGGAUUUUGCUAAGAUACAUUACAGCAAAUUUGAUAAAGAAAAAGCUACGCUGGAGAAACAUAUAAAGAAGUGUGAAGAGGAAUGGGACGAGACCAAGCAGAGGGCUAUCACUGCCGAGGUGAUUGUGCUGGAGAACAGGAAGCAAUGUGAACUAUUGAAGCUGCGGAUCAGAGCUGCCACAGUGGAUCGGAACAUCAAAAUGUUUAAUCCUGUAUUCAUGAGUAAACCAGCACCUCACAUUGUGCAGCAGUUGCGGGAAAUGGAGUCUCUUCAGAUAAAACUAAAGAAGGAAAUGGAAACGUUACAGGCUCAGUUUGAUGAGAGAAUCAACUCUGUGAAAAGUGGUUUGAAGCUAAAUAAUAUCUCCGAGACUCCUGUGGUCAGUGUCCAAAGCCCACCGAGCGCCUUCGAGCUACAGAUUCAGCCAUCACCAAACCUAUCUCAAACCCCGAGUAGUCCCUCUCCAAGCCUUGUGCCUGGUAAACCUGCUAAUCCCACCCCUACCAAAUCUCAGAAGAAGGAGGCUGCCGCUAGUAAAAAGGUCCAAGCUAAAGAAGCGAAGAAGGCUGCCGCGCAUCCUGAAUUGAGUACUAAAUCUAAGAACCCGCCCCCUGUACCUUCAAUUAAUCAGUGGGCAGCCGGCCAAGACAAAGGAUCACCCUGGAAGCCGGAACCGACACUGCAGUCUCCUGCCAAGCCCACAUUGUUUGAUAAGAUCAUCCACGAGCUUCAUGAUAUCUUCCCUCAUUAUAAGAAUGCCGAACUCACCGCCUUCAUUAAGGACUUUCGAGUUCGAAAUAAUGGGACUCUUUCUGGGCUCACACAUGAAGAUAUCAUUAGCCGGGUCACGGAAUAUAUAUUGGACUUCCAAGCCAAGAACACAGCAUUGUCUUCUUUUAUAUAGACUGCGGCCGUAUUUAAAGCAGGACCGGCCAUGCCUCAGCCAUUCUCACCCCAGCCAAAGCAGCCAUGGAAAGUGGUCAACUCGGGAGCCAAGAACAAGUGGCAGAAGCCAAAUGAUUUGGAGUCCUGCAGUGAAGACCCCUGUAUAAUCUGUCACGAUGAGCUGAAGCAAUACCCCAUGCACAGGCUGGACUGUGGCCACUGCUUCCACAUGCAUUGUAUUAAGACGUGGCUGAACACACAGAGCACGUGUCCAACCUGCCGAGAGCACGCUCUGCUUCCAGAUGACUUCCCUGCCCUGCCCUUACCCCCGUCUGGGAGAAUGAGGACUGUAUAA